AUGGGAAAAAAAGCUUUCAAAGAUGGUAAUUUUAAAACAGCGCGAGAUUACUUUGAAUUGACAUUGAAGGAAGCAAAAGAGAGCGGAAACAAAGCCUUUGAAGGAAUUGUAUACAACAACCUUGGCGAUGCCUAUUACUCUCUCGGUGAGGUCAGGAAAGCAAUCGAGUUUUAUCAGCUGAGCCUAACUAUCGCAACAGAGACUGGAAACAAAGAUGGUAAAGGAACUGUAUAUAACAACCUUGGCAGUGCCUAUCAGUCUCUCGGUGAGGUCAGGAAAGCAAUCGAGUUUUAUCAGCUGAGCCUAACUAUCGUAACAGAGACUGGAAACAAAGAUUCUAAAGGAACUGUGUAUAACAACCUUGGCAGUGCCUAUCAGUCUCUCGGUGAGGUCAGGAAAGCAAUCGAGUUUUAUCAGCUGAGCCUAACUAUCGCAACAGAGACUGGAGACAAAGAUGGUAAAGGAACUGUAUAUAACAACCUUGGCAGUGCCUAUGAGUCUCUCGGUGAGGUCAGGAAAGCAAUCGAGUUUUAUCAGCUGAGCCUAAAAAUCGCAACAGAGACUGGAAACAAAGAUGGUAAAGGAACUGUAUAUAACAACCUUGGCAGUGCCUAUAAGUCUCUCGGUGAGGUCAGGAAAGCAAUCGAGUUUUAUCAGCUGAGCCUAACUAUCGCAACAGAGACUGGAAACAAAGAUGGUAAAGGAACUGUAUAUAACAACCUUGGCAGUGCCUAUAAGUCUCUCGGUGAGGUCAGGAAAGCAAUCGAGUUUUUUCAGUUGAGCCUAACUAUCGCAACAGAGACUGGAAACAAAGAUUCUAAAGGAACUGUAUAUAACAACCUUGGCAGUGCCUAUGAGUCUCUCGGUGAUGUCAGGAAAGCAAUCGAGUUUUUUCAGUUGAGCCUAACUAUCGCAACAGAGACUGGAGACAAAGAUGGUAAAGGAACUGUAUAUAACAACCUUGGCAGUGCCUAUUACCCUCUCUCGGUGAGUACAGGAAAGCAGUCGAAUUUUAUAAACUGAGCAUAACUAUCGCAACAGGAGACAAAAACUGGGAAGGAAAUGUAUAUAAUAACCUUGGCGGUGCCUACGACUGUCUCGGUGAGUUCAGGAAAGCAAUCGAGUUUUAUCAGCUGAGCCUAACUAUCGCAACGGAGACUGGAGACAAAGGGUUGGAAGGAACUGUAUAUAACAAUCUUGGCAAAGCCUAUAACGCUCUCGGUGAGUCCGGAAAAGCAAUCGAGUUUUGUCAGCUGAGCCUAACUAUCGCAACGGAGACUAGAAACAAAAGUUUGGAAGGAGCUGUAUAUUACCACCUUGGCAAAGCCUAUGACUCUCUCGGUGAGUCCAGGAAAGCAAUCGAGUUUUGUCAGCUGAGCCUAACUAUCGCAACGGAGACUAGAAACAAAAGUUUGGAAGGAGCUGUAUAUGAUAACCUUGGCAGUGUCUAUACGUCUCUUGGUGAUUUCAGGAAGGCAACCGAGUUUUAUCAGCUGAGCCUAGAUAUCGUAACAGAGACUCGAGAAAGAGAUUCUGAAGGAGUUGUAUAUAACAACCUUGGCGUUGUCUAUGACUCUCUCGGUGAUGUCAGGAAAGCAAUCGAGUUUUAUGAGCUGAGUCUAAAUAUCGCAACAGAGACUGGAAACAAAAAUUGUGAACGAGCUGUAUAUAACAACCUUGGCAUGGCCUAUAAGUCUCUCGGUGAUGUCAGGAAAGCAAUCGAAGUUUUUCAGCUGAGUCUAACUAUUGCAAAGAGACUGGAAACAAAUAUGCCGAAGCAUGUCUACAUAAAAACCUCGCUUGUUGUUUUUGUUCUCUUGAUGACUUUCUUGAAGCCGAGGAGUUUUGCAGAUCUUCAGUAAGACUGUUAGAGGAAACUAGAGUCCUCCUUCAAGGGAAAGACGAGUGGGUAAUCAACUUUCGGGAUAAACAUGAUUUUACUUAUGCUCAUUUAAGGCGUCUUCAGUUACGACAAGGCAAGAUUCUUGAAGCGCUCUCUACAGCUGAGGCAGGACGAGCACAAGCUCUCAUGGAUCUCAUGAAAUCGCGAUAUGACGUCAGAAAAUGGUUGUCGUCAGAACAGGACAGGGAACUGAUAAUGUCCAAUUCAAGCCUUAGUUCCUCACCUAUUGUUUUUCUAGCAGAAGAAGAAAGACAUGAAGACUUUAAAACAUCAUUGAGUUUCUGGUUAAUUCUAAAUGGACAGCAGGGUCAGAUGAUGCAAAAAGAAAUAAAUGGUAACCUGACAUCAUUGAUUUACCAAACAUACGAAAAUAUUGGUGUAAGGACUGGUGUGAGGUGCAAGCCCUUGAUAUCACAGCAAGACGACGAGAGUGCUACUUUGAAAACAUUGUAUGACCUGGUUAUCGCUCCAUUUUCAGACCUGAUAAACGGUGAUGAACUCAUUAUUAUCCCUGAUCGUGCAUCAUUCUUGAUUCCUUAUGCUGCCCUAAUGGACCAACAAUCCAGAUAUUUGUCUGAAACGCUGAGAAUUCGAUUGGCUCCAUCAUUAACAAGCUUGUGGCUGCUGACAGAGUGUCCAGAACGUCACCAUAGUACUUCUGGUGCACUGCUUGUUGGUAAUCCGUGGGUGGAAACUGUACGCAUCAAAGACAGCAAACCGUUCUCGCAGCUCCCGGGUGCUGAGAAAGAAGCAAAAAUGAUUGGACAGAUUCUCAACACUGAACCCCUCAUUGGGAAAAAAGCUACAAAAGACCAAGUUUUGAGCAGGCUUAAUUCAGUUUCUUUGGUACACCUUGCAGCUCAUGGUUGUCGAGAAACCGGAGAAAUUAUUUUGUCUCCUAAUGUUGCUGAUGCUGAAAGACCGAAAGAGGGAGACUUCCUUUUGACAAAGGCAGAUGUUUUGGGUGUACAAUUGCGAGCCAAGCUUGUUGUUUUAAGCUGCUGUUACAGUGGACGCGGAGAGAUCAAAGCCGAAGGCGUGGUUGGAAUUGCACGUGCCUUUUUAGGAGCCGGGGCACGUUCCGUUAUCGCGUCACUGUGGGCGCUGAGCGACGAAGCCACUCUGGAGUUUAUGAAACACUUUUAUGAACAUUUGGUAGAAGGGAAAAGUGCAAGUAAGUCGCUUCAUCAGGCCAUGAAAUGGAUGCGAGAGUCUGAAGAGUUCAAUGCGGUGCAGUACUGGGCGCCAUUCGUGCUGAUUGGCGAUGACGUGACAUUGAAUUUUGAGCCAAUCAAAGGUGAGAACCACAUUAAAGCUUAG